AUGACGUCGCUGAUGGGCCAGCCUCACGCUGAGGCCGUUGGAUAUUCCUUCUCUCAGCCAACUGGUGCUGCAGUCAAAGAACAUUCAUUUUACCCAUACACCGACAAUGGAGGCUCAACUCUGGGCGUUACAGGCUCCGACUUCGCAAUCCUCGCUGGCGAUACUCGUUCUGUGGCGGGCUACAAUAUCAACUCUCGCUACGUUCCAAAAGUCUUCAAGAUUGGAGGGGUUGAUGAGACGGGUGAUGGUGCCCAUAUUCUGCUGUCUGUUGUCGGAUACGCUGCAGACGGCCAAGCACUUAAAGAACGACUAGAUGCAGUGGUAAAGAUGUACAAAUACCAGCAUGGAAAACCCAUGUCUGUCACGGCAUGUGCACAGCGACUGUCUACGAUACUUUACCAAAAACGGUUUUUUCCCUACUAUGUGACUGCCAUUCUAGCAGGUUUGGAUAGCGAAGGCAAAGGAGCGCUAUACAGUUACGAUCCGGUCGGCUCAUAUGAAAGAGAGCAAUGCAGAGCAGCUGGCUCUGCAGCGAGCCUGAUCAUGCCAUUCCUUGACAACCAAGUCAACUUCAAAAACCAGUACAUCCCUGGGAGUGGUGAAGGACAUGCCCUUGAACCAAAGAAGGCGGAGCCUUUGCCAAGGGAAACGGUCGAGCAACUCGUGCGAGAUGCAUUCACCAGUGCCGUGGAAAGACACAUUGAAGUUGGUGAUGGCUUGCAGAUGAUGGUCAUUACCAAGAGUGGGAUAGAGGAUAUCUACAUUCCCUUGAAGAAGGACUAA